GAAAAAUUCUUGUUUAAAAAAGUAUAAUUUACGAAUAAUCGUUUUUAAUUGAUAAAAAUUUAAUUGAAUUACACGUAAACGGUCUACUUGAAGUUCACUGUCAAUUAAUUGAAAAAGUGAGAGGAGGACAUUGUACUUUACCCUGGGAGAAAUGCAAGAAGUAGAGGAAUUCGACCUUUAAGAAUGUCCAAGUCAAUUAAAAUAAACUUUUUUGCAACACGUGCUCUAUUUUAAUUUUUGAUUGCAAAUAAUAUUCGAAAAUGCGAUCAAGAAAAAAUUAAACCAUUUCCAAAAAUACCAAUUUAAAGAUCUUGGAUAAAAAUAAAAAGUGAACAAGUGCUUUUAAACAUUUCAAACAAUGGCUAUGUCACAAAAAAAAUCAACCAAUGACGAGGGAGUCGGACUUAAACGACAUCUUGGUCUUCUUGCUGCUGUAAAUGUGAUUAUUAGUGUUAUGAUUGGAUCUGGAAUAUUUGUCUCUUCCACAGCAGCUCUUAAGUAUUCCGGAUCAAUCGGUUUAUGUUUAAUUAUAUGGACUGCAUGCGGUGUCGUUUCAUUCCUAGGUGCUCUGUGUUUUGCUGAGUUAGGUACUUUGGUACAAAGGUCUGGCGCUGAUUAUGCAUACCUCUUAGAAGGUAUGCGCAAACUUCAUAAAUUUUGGGGACCUCUUCCAGCAUUCAUUUGCGCAUGGGUUUUUGUUCUCUUCCUAAGGCCUGCUGAAGUCGCUGUCAUCAUACUAACGUUCGCUGAGUACACCGUCCAACCAUUCCAUAAAUUGCUUCAUUUGGAUGAGUUGUGUCCCGAAUCACAACAACAGAUAAUCAAACUAAUAGCCUUGAUAGCUCUUGGACUUAUCACUUACAUUAACAUGACGAGUGUUCAACUUUACGUAAAAAUUAAUAAUAUAUUUGGAUUUUUCAAAGUUGUUGCUUGUCUUGUAGUUAUCUGUGGUGGAAUUUACAAUCUUGCUAUUGGAAAUACUGAAAACUUGCAUGAACCUCUUAAAGGUACCAUUACGAACGCAGGAUCAAUCGCUCUUGCAUUUUACAAUGGUCUGUGGGCUUAUGACGGUUGGUCUAGUGUGACAGCAAUAACUGAAGAAAUAAAACGUCCGGAAGUGAAUAUCCCAAGAUCGAUCUCUAUUGGUGUUCCAGUUAUAACAUUCCUUUACGUUUUCAUGAACUUGGCUUACAUGAGUGUCUUAACUCCUGAAGAAAUGAUUAAUUCUAAGGCAGUUGGUUUGGACUUUGGAGAGCGCGUUCUUGGAAGUUUUGCAUUCAUUAUACCACUUGGUGUAGCAUUAUCAACUUUCGGUUGUGCCUUGUCAGUGCAAUUUGGUGUCACGAGGUUGUGCUAUGUUGCUGGAACAGAGGGUCACAUGUCGGAGCCAUUGUCUUACGUUCAUAUAAAGAAAUCUACUCCGGUUCCUUCAGUAGUUCUGCAAGGAGUAAUAACAGCAUUGUUCAUAUUGUCUGGAGAUAUUGAGACACUAAUUGAAGUAGCAUCAUUUCUCAUUUGGGUAUUCUAUGGAUUAGCUUUUGUGGCGUUAAUGAUUAUGAGAAAGACAAGACCGAAUGACCAUCGUCCAUAUAAGGUGCCAAUACUUGUUCCCAUUUUGUCCAUCUUGGUGGCGAUUUUUUUGGUUGUAGUUCCAAUUGUAACAGAACUGUCCGUUAAGUAUUUAAUUCCCAUUGGAUUUAUUUUAAUUGGCGUUGGAAUAUACAUUCCUUUCGUAUACUAUAAAACACGACCACGAUUUAUGGACAAUAUAUCUCGCAUCAUACAAAAGUUAUGUGAAGUUGUGCCUCCUGAUACAAAAGCAGAAUAGCUUAUAUUUAUUAGUUAAGAUUUGUUCAAAUAAAGUACAAAGGCCGACAUUUUUAAAAGUUUCUCAAUGUAUCUGAAA